AUGCCCGACCUAGACUCCAUCGUCAAGGGAGCUGCUGUCCCGGAGGACAACUCCAACCCAGCCGCUGGAACGAACCCGAUUCUACCCUUCCCCGGCAAGCAGGGCGACCCGACAAACAAUGCGCCCAAUUCCCCCUCCAUGAUCUACCUCAAUCUCCUCAUCCUGGAGGCUUCGCUCAGAGCGCAGUACCUCGAGUUACGUGCCAGGAGACGCCACCACACAUUCUUCUUCAUGAUUCUGGCGGUAUGGAUCGCCUGGUGGGGGUACCAGCUCUUCUACGCCCCUCGAGAGGACGGUGUGGGCGUGGGUGGCUCCAUCUACUGGGCCGUGGAGGGCGCGCAGAAGGUCUGCUUCAUGGGGGGUAUCAUAACGGCCAUUCUCGUCUGGGCCGUCGGCAUCUGGGAGAGAGGCAUCCGCUGGCCGCGCCGGUGGUUCGCCAUCUCCAAUAGAGGCCUCCGCGGCUUCAAUUGCAAGCUGGUCGUCAUCCGCCGCCCCUUGUGGGCCGAGGCCUUGUCUACGAUCGGGUUCUUCCUCACCUACGGACUAUUCUCUCACACCGCAAGCUCCUCCUACCGUCCUGUAGAGCCUUCCCUGCUGAGGGAGGUGGAGAAGGAGCUGCAGCUAUCCAACGACAGUCAUCCUACACUUAUACUCCCGCACGACGACGAAGAGCGAGGCAUUCAUGAGGAGGACUUGGCCCCCGGCGGAGACUACGUCAAAUUGCUCCUGCUCGCAAAGCCAUUCUCGUCGACCUUCCGUGAAAAUUGGGAACUCUACCGCACUGAAUACUGGGAGAAGGAAAACGAGCGCCGUGCCCUCCUGCGCAAGAAGGUCAAGGAGCACGACCGCCGCCUGGCGAAGCAGCAGCUUGGGUGGUUCUGGUGGCUGCCUUGGAGACAAGUCCAACCUCCUCACCAUGCUCACAAGACGCAUCGCCAACAUCCCCAUGUGGAAAAGGAUCGAAAACGCCGUAGUAGCAGCGUUCGCCGCGGGUCCACAAGCUCCUCCCGCAGCCAGACUCCGGGCUUCGAAAUGGAUGAUGGCCUGCUUUCCAGGAAAGGGAGCACCGGCUCUACUUCCGCGGCUGAAAAACGCCGCAAGAAGAAUGCAUCCAUAUCCCGUCCCAAGCGCCCAGCGACUGACUCACGGUCAGUCACCCCCGAGUAUCCUACCUCGCCACUGGCCAAGGAGAGCACUCCGGCCCCGGGCAAGCCAGCGGAGGAAAGUGGCCGCGUACUACGAAGCGCGGGAUCAAAGACCAAAGGUUCCACUGCGGCGGUGGACAGGUAA